UGAGGUGAUGUCACCCUCACCAAUGCUGCUGGCAUGUUUUUCAUGCGGGGGAGAGGAAAUUGGUGGGGAGAGGGUGAGAAUUACCAGGAGAUAGGCAGAAAAAUCAACCAGGCGUGAGAUUCACCACAGCUCAUCUGUCAACACGCACCAUGACAAACCAGUCCUGUAAGCACUGCGUUCCUCACAAGCAAGCACACAGUGCAUGCUAUGCUUUGAACAAGGCCUGGUGUUGCCAAAAAUGAGUGUAAGAGUGUGGGAGAGUACACCUAUUUUUUUUUUACCUCUGAAUCAAGAAAGGACAGACUCAUUCCCCACUGAGGAAGGCAUAGAGCCUGCAGAAGAGUAUUUCAAGCUCUCAUUUCACAACACCAGUAGGUGGAACCUGUUUUGAAAGCAAGGUUGGAAAUUAGGUCAGUCCCCCUCUGAAAGAAAACAAUUAGGUAAGGCAGGUAAGGACGAGGGGGAAGCAAAGGCCAGUCUGGGCAGCACGAGAAAGGACAAGGGGCAGGGUAUCUCCUGAAGCCUGAGGUGAACACUGUCCCUUCCAGAUAGCUGAUACCCACUUCUGGGUCUCCAGGUGUCCCCUCCUUGUAUCCUCAAUAGUUAUUUUGAGAGGAGGGACUCAUGUAGGGUUCCUGAAACAAAACUAGCUGUUAUCAGCAUUAGACUGCUUCAGCUAAGCUUAACAUGAGAUGUCUGCAGUUCCCAGAUCUUACUUGAACACAAUAGCUGCUCAGUAAGGCUCUGGGAGCAGUGUUGGUGACUCAUGCACUGACCCACUUUCUGUUUCACAGCCAGCGACCAGGCGCAGUGCAAGGCUGAUGCUGUGGGGCCAAAACUGGGAGAAGAGACACAGCAGGUUCCUGUCACAGCCUGGCUGCUCUGUGCAGAGUGGCAGCAUCUAUGCAGAUGUGCCAUGCUCCCAAACACACUUCACAUGUUCAAGGAUGCUAAAUUUGUGCCUAUGGCAUGGAGCUCACUGUACUUUUAAUUUGUUUGAGUGAAGCACACAAUGUUUCAUUAAGAUCACCUAAUGAACACUGAGUCUAAAAAACUCAAGGAAAACAUCUUCUCUAACCACAUCAAACAGUUAGUACAUCUUUUCCUCUUCCGCAUCUGGGUAUUUUUUUUUAUUGUGUUUUUGAAGACUCGGCCAGCAGCUUUGUGCUUAGAGAAAGUAAUUGGUGCAAAGCCAGACACGGGUAGAGAAAAAAACAUCAGAAAAACACCGAAUAAAACCUCAGAAAGCAAAUCGGGUGAUCUGGAUCACUUGGGAAGACUGAGUAAGAUGGUGGUGGCUAGGGACUUGUUCAUUUGGCUUCUGGAAUGAACUGUUUUUUUUUGCUAACAAAUUUAAUCCUGAUCUAUCUAAAUCAGUAUAAAGAGUCUAGAGCUAAAGACUGACACAUCGUAACCACAGGAACAGAUUUUCCAUUUUUAACGAGAAUGAGGCUUUGCAAUGCACCAUGAUUGAAAGGACAUUUUUAGAGCAUCUACCUCAGGCAAGAUGUCCAAAUACACAGAGUCAGGAACAAAAAACAUUCUUCCAUUUUAUCCUUGUGGGGUUUAAGAAAAUCUGUAAGAAACAUGGUGAUAAUUGCUAUGCUAGAAAAUCUUAUAUUUCUGACUAUUUCUCAAAGAUCAAUGUAUUCAAUUUGAAAUUAUUAUGCAUUGAUUAGAGUAAGUUUUCACAAAUUCUUAUUAGAUAUAACCUUUUGUCUUUGUUUAUGCAGAGCCCAAGCAGGAGACAUGACUAUCAUGUUUGACGGUAGUACGGAUAACAACAAUGUUUCUUUUGUUCUCCCUACAUUAUUGCUCCUGCUGCAGAACAAAAGCUACUCCAAGACAUCCCUCCCUGCAGCUGACCACAAGAUGACAGAGUCACCCCAGGAGCCCAGGCCAAGCAGGAACCGCACUGUCUUGCAGUAUGAGCUGAAGCCAGGGGAAAUUGUAUCAGCCAGCAUGGUUUUUGGAGUGCUAUGGCUAAUUUCCAUCUUUGGAAACUCCCUUGUUUGCUUAGUGAUCCACAGGAGCAGGAGGACACAGUCAACCACCAACUAUUUUGUUGUCUCCAUGGCUUGUGCAGAUCUUCUCAUCAGUGUUGGAAGUACACCAUUUGUGCUGCUUCAGUUUACCUCAGGCAGGUGGACACUGGGGAAUGUGAUGUGCCAGGUGGUAAGGUAUAUUCAGUAUUUCACUCCUGGAGUCCAGAUAUAUGUGCUCCUCUCCAUAUGCAUGGAUCGAUUCUACACUAUUGUCUACCCUCUGAGCUUCAAGGUGUCAAGAGAGAAAGCCAAGAAAAUGAUUGUAGCAGCUUGGAUCUUUGAUCUUGCAUUUAUGUCACCAGUUUUCUUUUUCUAUGGCUCCAAUGAGGAUGACCACUGCAACUUUUUUCUCCCAAUUUCUUGGGAAGGAGCCAUCUACAGUACGAUCCAUCUCUUGGUAGUGUUUCUGACCCCAUCCGUCCUCAUUAUCCUAUUCUACCAAAAGGUCAUUAAGUAUAUUUGGAGAAUAGGCACUGAUGGCAGGACUGUUAGAAGGACAAUGAAUAUUGUCCCAAGGACAAAAGUGAAAACUAUCAAGAUGUUCUUAAUGUUAAAUUUAGUGUUUCUCCUGUCCUGGCUCCCAUUUUAUGUGGUACAACUGUGGCACCCACAGGAAACAGACUACAGAAGAAGUUCCUUGGUUUUCAUGGCUAUCACGUGGAUUUCUUUCAGUUCUUCAGCUUCUAAGCCAACCCUGUACUCAAUGUACAAUGCAAACUUCAGAAGAGGGAUGAAAGAAACUUUCUGCAUGUCCUCCAUGAAAUGCUACAGAAGUAAUGCAUACACUAUUACCACCAGCUCAAGGAUAGCAAAAAAAAACUACGUUGGGAUCUCAGAAAUCCCAGCACCAGCCAAAACUGUAACUAAGGACUCAAUCUAUUAUUCAUUUAACAGAGAAGCAAAGGAAAAAAAGCUUGCCUGGCCUAUUCAUUCAAAUCCUCCAAAUACAUUUGUCUAAUUGUUUUAGUAGCUUUGAAAGGUGAUUAUGUACCACCAGAACAAAGAACUUUAUCUCCUUUUUGAACCAAUGUAAACGUACAUGUUUUUACAACAACUUUUAGAGAGGGAGAAAAAAAAAAAGAUAUUUUAUUUUAUUAAAUGCAUUGAUUUUGAUGUAUCUAGUCUAUUUAAUUUCAGCUACAAUUUGCUUUUGUAAGUACUCUCCCUGAAUCACGAACAUAUUUGCAUUUUUACCAAAAAAAAGCUCUUGCAUUUUCUGUGUGUAGGGAUAAAAGGGAAAAAAAAAAACCCACUGCAUGUUUAAAUACAUAAGUACACCCACAGACAUCUCUACAGCCUUUUGUUAUACCCUUAAGAAUACUGCUGCACUAGGGUUUUCCUUCUUGUUCAGACCUCACGGCUAAGAUUUUUGUGUGUGGUAAUCCUGGCAAAACACUGACCUGAUUGAAUUCAGCUAUAAAAUUACCACUGCCUCCGUAGGGUCAGCACUGAGUGCUUUUUCAUAUUCAGCAUUGCACUUCCAGAGAGGUCUAGUGGUAGAAACUGCUUGAGAAAAGUCCUACCCCUAGUCUUGCCCUCCCCAGCUCCUCUCUUGCUACAUCAACCAGGUUGAUGUGCUUGAUGUGCAGCCACAGCAGCAGAGGAGCAGCAUCACCUGAUCUGACCUCACCGCCAACAGUCCCCAAGCAAUAGCAAAAUGCAGUGGGAAGCUCCAACAUUACUUCCCCAGCACUCAGCAACUGGUUUGGAACCAAAAUGCAAAGAACAAAAUUCCUAAGCCAGCCUGGGAGGUGCUUGACUGAUUGUGCAGCUUGCCCAUCCUGAGCUGAAAAAAGCAGACACAUACACAUUGUGGACAUGUAUACCAUGGGUCCAUACCAAUCAUCCUAGAGUAUUUACUUUUGAGGUAAAUUUUGCUUGCUUCAUCUGAAAUACAGAUCUAUUUCUCUCAUUAGGAUUAGGUAAAACCAUCCUCAGUUAUCUGCCAAGAUCUACAAGACUGGAUCAUUAAAUCCACCCAAGAAUGAAUAGAGAUGUUUUUUUUUUAAAACCAGUUUGAAAUGGGUGGCCUUCACAUCAUGCAGUUAUCAAACUCAUUAAGAAGAACUGGAAAGAGCCUGUGUGUUUGAUAUUGACUUAUUUUCCUAAUUGCUAUAGUACUGCCCAAAAGUAAAGCAGCACACUCAGGAAACAUAGAUAACAAGUUAAACACAAAAUAAGGUCAGCACAAACAGCAUUUGGUGAAUUCCCCUCACUUUGAUGGAUCACUGCAGUCACUUUCCCUCUCCCCGGAAAGUUUCCAUGUUGUCUUAUAACAUGGACAAGAGAUUCUUACUGGCUUCAGACCAGCAGUCCUGUUAUUUCUUUUCCACACUGAAGAGUUCAUCCUACUCAGUCAUUUCCAGCACAAAAAGUGCUUCAGACUAGGCUCUGCUUGAACUAUCAUAACGUAGCAGCUAGGGAACUGUCAGGUACCUUGAAGACCAGAUUACCAACAUGCAAUUCAAAAUCCAGUCAUCCCAAAAGCAUUGUGGGCACUUUGAUCUUAGGCAUUCAACUAGGCAGAAGCCAGCUAUGGGGCAGAAAAUAAUAUGCAAGUGUCAGAUAUACCUUCACAUACCCUAUUUCAAAAUCUCUAUCUUUGAAAGAUUCAUCCUCAGUCACAACCUCUUCAGAGAAGAAUUACCUUUUUCUUCUGUUUUCAGAGAAAAUGUGGUGCAACCGGGCCUGAGGCCUGAAAGCCCUGCAGUAACAAAAGUUAAUAGAACAAGAGCAGCAACCACUAAGGGUAUAUUAACCACAGUCAAGCAUCUCCCUUUCCCAUCAGCAGAGAAAAGAAGCACAUGUGUUGUUGAACCCCAGGUGGCAGAAGUGGUCUGGAUGGACUCUAGUGCUGGAAUGUUGGGUAGGGAAACUCCUUUGUUGAGUAAUAUUCCUGCAUGUAUUUCAGAAAUUUUCAUUCUCCCUAGUCUACCACACUAAGCAUGGCUAUAAGAACCCUUACUGUUUGUUGGAACAUUUCCUGUAUAUAUUUCACAAUUUCAAAAAUCCCCAUUAAAUGAAGAUUCAACAUUUCUCAUCAAAGUCUUUAGCAAAAGUCCCCAUGAACUGGGAGGGGAGAAAGCCUAAAAAAUGGACCAUUUUAUUCUGUGUGGUUCAUGUUCCAGGCAAAUUGUUUCUCCUUGAAACAUCAGCAUGUGUUGAUAAGGAGCAGGGCUCAUAUCACUGACACCUUGUGCAGGGGCUGCUACCUUCAGACUUGCUUCUCUAAAGAAAAGGAGGAAGAGAUGAAGCCCACCUCCAAGAUGCCAAAACCUCCUUUGAGACAAAAAGUCUACCAGACAUAAUUUUGAAUAUGAAACCAGAGGAAUGCUUGGGUAUGAAGCCAGAGACUUUCAUGUAACCGCUCCUCUUCUGAAUUGAAAUAUAUUUCCCCACCUUCCAGAAGCUGUAAAGGAGCUAGAGGAGCAGUGAUGUGCUUGAACAUCAGGUAUCUCUGUUCACGUGGAAUCCCUUCCUCUCCCUGUCCCACCAGUCCUGCACACUCAUGCCAGCCCUUGUCCUCUUGGUUUGCUGGUAGCACCAUGUCCCAGACAAGGCUUCCCCCGCAUUCCUGGUAGCUCCCAUUCUCCUCAGGCACGGGACACCAAGACACCAGUAGCUUUGUACCACUGCUGCAGGAGCUAAACAUGGCAUUGUGCUGCAGCAGGGCUGAAGAAGGAAAAUACUUGGCAGCUCGAUAGAUGCUGACUUUAUGCUAGCACAAGGAGAAACCUUUUCCACAUCUUAUUUUUAUAGCAUUGUUUCAGAAGAGGUGAUGUAUUGGUUUGAUAGCACCAGCCAUCAUGUAUCACUUAGUCUGCCAGUGCCCCAGGAGUGCCAGAGACUAAGGCAGGGAGAGGAGAGGGACCUGGAAACUCUAACUGAAAAGCAGCUCAAGUUCAGCUGGAAGACAGAAGAUGAGCUUGCAGGAGUCCCGCCUUCCCAAUGUCAGUUACUCCCAGGACAAAUAAGAACCAACAGCCACAUGAUUUGUGCUUGCUUCUUCCUUGUAGUCGGACCACUGCAGGAGAAACUGUUAGCCAAGUUUUCUCUGCUUCGUACUAUAACAAAAUUGUGCACUUCAGAAGAGUACUGGUCAGGAAAGAAAUUGGAGUGCACUGCUGUUAAUCUUCCUCUCUACCCUUACCAUUUCCAUGUACAACUUCAAAUCAAGCAUUGCAGAAUGACAGCACACACGGAAGAGAUUAUGCUUAGAAGCAUCUUUGACAAUUCUUGCAUUUCUCUCCCUCUAAUAAACUUGAAAUUGCUCCUUUAUAAAAUUCUCACUGAUGUUUGAUAUCAGCUACACACUAAUGAAGACAAAUAACAUGAAGGCUUACAGUAACUGAAAGAAAAUAAUUUUAAUCCACGUUAUCAGGUGAUAUUUCAGGUUAUAGCUGGUGAUAGUAUUCCUGACAGACCAAGACAAAGUGCGUUAACAACAGGCACAUCUUGUUUAUAUGACUUACGUCAUGCAAAGAGAAUGAUUCAGAAAAAAAAAUGCAGGAUAAAUGCAAGCAAUCACAAGAGGCCAUUCAUCAUUCUGCCUACGUUUUUCUUUAUUCAUACUUCCACAAAACUGCAACUGUGUUCAUUCCAAGAGGCAGAAGUUCACGGCAGGAUUAAAACAGACAACCUUUAUCAUCUUUCUCCAGCUUUCAGUCAGCCUUUUUUUUUUUUUUUUAUCUGCCAGCAUGUGUAUACAGUAUCAGCUUCACAGACAAUGCCACUGCGUUAGUGGUUUUGGCCUGAAACAGUGACAACAUUAAGUGACUGCUGCAAAGACACAAGAUUACAUAAGUUCAGAAAGCUGAAAUAGUUAAUUGGCUGUUUCCCAAUCACCCACAGCAAUCCACUGUGGUGUCAACGGUUUAUGGGUGUUUGGCCUUGUUCCGUGACAAAUGGGAUGGGGGACCCACGGGCCCACGCCCCGGGAAAAGGGAGAAGGGGAAAAGGGUAAGGAGAUGGCCCUGAGAGCAAAG